AUGGAGGCGGAUGAAGCACAACUAAUCUACGAAUUGCGAAAUGUUGGGUAUGAUGGGCCAUUCCUCGAUCAGAACUAUGCGUCUACGGCAAUUUUUGCGGGUCCCCAGAGUGGCGAGUUUCAGGACAUUGUUAUUUGGCUGACGGAGGAAAUAAGAGUGCUUGGCAAGCUGGACGAAAGAGUCGGCAAAAGCGACGAUGCGAAUUCGUUUGUGUUGGAGCUGUCGGCGUUUUUGAAGGAGCUCACAUGUCCGUACUCUAGUUUAACAUCCGGCCAUGUGUCCGAUCGGUUGCAGACGCUGGAAUCGAAGCUGCUGCUGUUGGAUUAUCUUAUCAACGAGCUAAUGGCAUUUAAAAUGCUAGAGUCACUGAAACCGAAGGAAAAAUCCACUGUCAUUACGCUUCACGAAUCGCCUACCGCCGCAGCGCUGAAGGACAUUUGCAUAACGCUCGGUAUGGGAAAACCGCCGAACAAUGUACCACCGAAAGCACUGUUCGAACGGAUCAAUACCAGCUUGGAUGAAACGAUUCGUAAGGCCGGUGAGAAUCGCCUCAGCAAACCACUGUUCUGUCCGAAGGAACGUUUGACCGCGGAGCAGUGGUCCAAGCUGGAGAAGCUUCAGAAAGAUCUGGACAAUGAGUAUGAUCUGCGAAGAAAGAUGCUGCUCACACGGCUGGACGUAACGGUUCAAAGCUUCAAAUGGUCGAACCGCGUAAAGGACAAGGAACAGAUCAUUGCUGAACGGUACGCUGAGAAACGAAAGGUGCUUGACACACUGGAGGCAGGUGGCCGAGAUACAGACAUUGCGGCGUUGCUAGCCGCUCGAGAAACCCUUGCCAUCAUCGAGAAGACGAGCAGUGCGUCCGUGCGGAAGAACACGAAAAGUAAAAUCCAGCGUCACAUUAUUGGGCGUGUGCCGGAUCGAGGUGGGCGUGCGUACGAACAUAACCCACCACCGCUGGAAAUGCCAUCCUGGCAAACUCAACGCAAUACGGGCGGUGGUGGAGGUGGCCGUGGUGGUUUCGGCGGAGGCAGGGGUGGUGGCCGAGGUGGUGGUGGAGGAUUUCAGCAACAGCAGGGAAACUAUUCCAACAAGGGCUAUAACCAGGGUGGUCAAAGCUAUCAUCAAGGCGGUCGAGGAGGUGGUGGCGGAGGAGGUUACAAUCAGGGUGGUGGAAGUGUUGCCGGGAAUGGUACUGGCAAUGGUGGCGGUUUCCACCAGGGAGGUGGUGGAGGCCAUAACCAGAAUCGUGGAAGUCGGGUUCAAGGUGGCUGGUCACAACCUCAACAAGAUUACAAUCAUACCGGCUACGGAUCGGGUUCGGGACGUAGUAGCUACAGUGGUAACAGCGAUCAGUACAGUAACCAUUCUGGGAGCAGUCGUACCAGUUACAAUGACCAUCGUGGCAGUUACAGCGAUCGAGGUUUUGGAGGUGAUCGUGGUUAUGGUGGUGAUCAUCGUGGCGGAGGUUACGCUGGUGACCGGGGUGGUAGUGCUGGUGGCUAUGGAGACAACCGCAACAACUACGACAAUGAGUACAAUAGCCGAGGUGGUGGCCGUGGUGGUGGUGGUCGUUCCAAUUACAAUCGAGGGGGUGGACGACGUUAAGCAGCUUUCAUCACGUUCCACAAGCAUUUUCAAUUCGUUUCCUGGCC